UUCGCAUUGUCUUCACACUUUUAAAAAAGUAUUACACUAUAUAACUGAUAUGUGUUUAGUCUUUUCUGUUCUGUGUUUUAAAGUUGGCAUGCGACUAUGAUACGGUCAUUAGAUGUUCGUCUUAAUAACUAAGAGCGAAUGGAUAGUUAUCAAAUUCUGAACUGGACUUAUUGCCUGAAUUACUACUGUAUUAAAAUUAGUUUUUUCUUCAUAGUAAGUACAGUGAGUUGCUUAGCGAUGUAAAUAGAACCAAGUGUAUGCAGUUCAACUGACAACAUUUUUUCAUCAUAAUUGUACACCACUGUGGAAUAAAAUAAACUGAAACUGUGUUUCGUGGAAUCAGAAAGAGCAGAAAGAGAAUAUGGUACUGAGAAAAGUUAAACGCCAACUGAAACUGCUGCUGAUUGCGGGGGUGUUGUUCAUUGUUGUCGUCUCGCUCAAAUUAUCUCUUGACCAAACCAAUAUUUUUUUACCAUUCGAUGGCAGUGUUGAUCUUUCCUUCCGCCAACUUCUGCAAGCGGACAAAAGCAACAUUGAUCCAAAGACCACCCAAAAGCCACAACCUCUAGUGAAAAUAUCUGACGGGUACAAUCUGGCUACGAGAAUUAGAGACAAGUGCGCGGGACCAGCCAGUCGGAAUUCAAGCGCUAAAUCCACUGCUCGGUUAUCCUUACGCCAGCCACAGUUGGGAACGUACCGGUCCGGAGGGACUGAACUAUGUAUCAUCUGGAAGGUCGGAACUACGUUUGUCAAGCGUCUGUUUAUGAUGCAGAAAUUGCCAAAAUACAAUAAUUUGAUAAAUCCGUAUGAUAUAAGCUUUGAUGAGGAUCUGCAAGGACAAAAGUUAUCCAUCGAUGCAUCAUCGCGAUUUAUGUUUGUGCGGGAUCCGUACAAGCGGCUUGUAUCAGCAUAUGUAGAUAAAUUGUUAGCGCCAAAUCCCGUAUACUGGAAGAUAAUAUCCGUGAAGGCUAUUCGCCUUUUACGAAAAAAUGCCACUAAACUAAGUCGACAAUGUGGUCAUGAUCUUACGUUCCGCGAGUUUAUACAAUACGUCAUAUUGACGUUAGACGCAAAUGUCUUGAAGACACCAGCUAGGCCUGAUGGUCAUUUUUUAAUUCAGACAGACAUAUGUGGACCUUGUAGUAUUAAAUACGACUUUGUUGGAAAAAUGGAAAGCUUUGGAGUUGAUUCGCUUGAGUUAAUGCGUAAAAUGAAACUUACAAAUGAAACCAUUGAUCUAUUAAAAAAGAACGGUAGCGCUCUAGCGGCCGAGGAUGCAAUUAAAGACUCUUGCCACCAGCCAUUCGACCUUGGGUUCAAAAAAGACUAUUUAAAAUGUUUAAGCUUCUACGAAGCACUCAAACGAGCUUGGCUGAAAAUGCAAAUGCGGGGCCUGAUUGGCCCGGAGGAAAUGCCCCUGACAGAGGCGCAAUCCACGACCUUGACUUUGGAGCAGUUUUAUCAGAUGGCAAUGCAAUCCAGGAAUGCGUGUCCUUCACCUGAUAGGAAUAAGAUGCAGCGCGAUCACUUCCUUAAGUUUUUCGCAACUAUUAACGCACAUGAGAUGGAGAAAAUACGUCUUAUAUAUGCUCAAGAUUUUAAUCUAUUUGAAUAUGACGAUCGACCGUCAGAAUUAUUUCAUUCCUGACAUGUUCAUGUAAUAUUUAAUAGAUUACCAUGAGUUAUUUAAUUCCUGAUUUAUAAUCACGUGAUUCCUUAUUUUUUAUCACGUGAUAUGUAUCUGUAACCAUGCGUUAUUCCAUUCAUGAAAUAUACUCAUGUGAUACUAAUUUAUUAUCAUGCGGUCUUCCAUUUCUGAUAUGUCGUCUUGCUAUUUACCUUGUGCCUCUUAAAGGGAGACGUAUUCGAUGGUAUGUGUGUUGUCUUAUGGAUCCGCUAGAGAAAUAUAUACAGAGUACGUCAUAAAAUAUCUUAUAGGUAACAAUAUUUCCUCUAUUUUCUAUCGUGAAUUAAACGAUUUACACGGUAGUGGUUUUUAGA